AACUUUGCCAAGGGUAAAACAUUUGCUUGCCAAGCUCAAUUAAACAAGCACUCUCUUCUCCAUCGUAAAGAGAAGCCUUAUUCAUGCAAAGUAUGCGAUAAAUCUUUCUCUUUAAAAUCUUCUUUAAAUCAGCACCAUGUUGUUCAUCAAGAGAAGUCUUAUUCAUGCACUACAUGUGGCAUAUCAUUUGCGAGGAAGAUUAAUUUAAAUCAGCAUCUUCUAGUUCAUACUGGUGAGAAGCCUUAUUCCUGCUCCGAAUGUGAUAGGUCUUUCUCAUUAAAAGCUAACUUAAAUCAACAUUUUUUACUUCAUAUUGGGGUGAAGCCUUUUUCAUGCAAUGUAUGUAAAAAGUCUUUCUCAUUGAAUUCUAAUUUAAAAAAGCAUCUUGUUGUUCAUACUGCAGAGAAGCCUUAUUCCUGCAGUUCAUGUGAUAAAAAAUAUAAAUUGAAAACUCAAUUACAACAGCAUUAUCUCGUUCAUACCCUAGAAAAGCCUCAUUCCUGCAGUGUAUGUGAUAAAGCAUUUGCAAUCAAAGCUCAUUUAAAUCGGCACUAUAUUAUUCAUACUGGUGAAAAACCUUAUUCAUGCAGUGUAUGUGAUAAAACAUUUGCACGUAAAACUCAUUUAGAUCGACACAAAACUGUUCAUACUGGUGAAAAACUUUAUUCAUGCAUUGAAUGUGAUAAAACAUUUUCACAGAAAGUUCAUUUAAAUCGGCACUGUGUUGUUCAUACUGGUGAGAAGCUUUAUUCAUGCAGCAUAUGUAAUAAGUCUUUCUCACGAAAAGCUACUUUAAAUCGUCAUCAUGUUGUUCAUACUGGAGAAAAGCCUUAUUCAUGCGAUGUGUGUGAUGAAAAAUUUACAUGGAAAGGUCAAUUGAAUACUCAUUAUCUAGUUCAUGCAGAAGAGAAGCCUUUAUCAUGAAGCGUAUGUGAUAAGCCUUUCUCAUUAAAAAGUUAGUUUAAAUCUGCACUAUGUUGUUCAUACUUUAGAGAAGCUUUAUACAGGCAGUGUAUGUAGUAAGUCUUUCUCACGAAAAGUUACUUUAAAUCGUCAUCUUGUUGUUCAUACUGGAGAAAAGCUUUAUACAUGCAUUGUAUGUGAUAAGUCUUUCUCGCGGAAAGCUAAUUUAAAUCGUUAUCUUGUUGUUCAUACUGGAGAAAAGAUUAUUCAUGAGAUGUAUGUGAUAAGUCUUACUCAUUAAAAAGUUAAUUUAAAUCUGCACUAUAUUGUUCAGAUGGGAAAAAAACUUAUUCAUGUAAAAUAUGUAAUAAAACAUUUCUACAUAAAAUCUAUUAAUUGAA